AAAUAUUUUGGCUUGACCUAGGGCGCUAUCUCCUUUGUCAUUAUACCUAGUAUCUGAGGAGCUCUACUGCUCCCUCCAUGUAGGAGAUACAUGCAUAGACCACAAAUCCCUUGCGUUGCACUUCUCCGGACUUUCUUGCACACUGACGAAUAGCGCAUGCAAGAUUACGUCGAUCUCGUCUGCCCUUUCCUCAACCCUAGGUGAAUGCCGAACACACAAGACGACAACCAUGCCGCUUCGAUUCUGCCCAUCGAAUCGCAACUCAAGGUACCACAAAUUUGUACCUAAUCUAUCUCCCACAUUGCAACAUCUCACGCAUUCUGCAAUCCCCUCGCCGGCUUCCACUCUGCAAGGGCACGCACUGUCAGCACGUCAACAAAGACAACAUGAGUCUCAUGGAUUAUUUCGGUACCUCCGAGCACUUUCUCACACAUUCCACGUGAACGUGUGUGCGCUGCACCCAGAACGCCCAUCACACUGGCCCGUCUGGGCCGCGCUUCGGACACAGCCAUGUGUUACACAAGAUCCUUCGAACGUUCAAGACUUGCCUAGUUUCCUUGUUGGAUAUGAUAGCCACGUGCCAGUGUCUCGAGCAAUCGAGCCACUGCCCACCACCUUCUACAGUGCGGUCGAUUCCCUGCAGCCGCAUUCUCCCAUCCGGGUUCCCUCAUUGUCUUACAUUCUUGACCACUUCAUCUCGACUCCAAGCAGGAACUCAAAUGCACGCACCCGACGAAUAGUGGUUGAUCCUACACGCACUCCUAGUAGCAGCGUCAAUGCGAUUUAUGUCUGGAUCAGCUUAGCAACAUCCCUUGCUUCAAUCAGUCGUAAAUUGUGUGAAGAAAGCUCAUGCAGGCUUCAACGCACGAGGACUGUUUCAGCACAUCAUCUCACGCAGGAUUCAACAGACGCUGCGUGGGGUGCUGCAUUUUUAUGGUGCGGCCUUGUAAGGCCAUGGCCGUUAUGGUCAUGCAUUUGCUCAAGGCAGAGUCCUAUAACCGGUGGGGUAGUCCUCAAGGGACUAUGAUCUGUCACAUUUUUCUCCAAAAAUGCUCUGUGGAAAUUCUUGUUUUCCUGAGAUGCAAUGACUUCGUCCUUUGUGGACCCUGCCACGGUGCGAUCUAGUUUCUGCCGUCGGUCUACGUCUACAGCCAAUCAACAGACAUCGUUUGGGGAAGGUGCUGUAUGCUGUGGAAGCCAGGAAUCUCAUGAUCAACAACAACAUCAACAUACCCCACAGUCAU